AAUCUUGGUGGGGAGCUAGUUAUAUAUGCCGGUCGCUGGGCUGCAGUUUGUGUAAUCGUGCGCUGCUACUUGAAGAGGCAACUCGUUCCUCACUGACUGCGAUCUCCGACCACAGCCGCAAUGUGGAAAGCAUUAUUAACGCUGGCUUUGGCCAGUUAUUGCCUAGCUGCACCUCAAGGUCAACAAAGAGACAAGCUCUUGGACGAACCGAUAUUGAGGAUGUUGGUUCAGAACCCGAACCCGAACCCGAAGUCGAACCCGAUCCCAAACCCGAUCCCGAAGCCGAAUCCUCAGCAGCCAAACCCUGGCAACAAGGACACCACCGGCAGCGCGGAUUUCGGUAACCUAGUAGCGUUGUUGAACCAGUACCAAAAUCAGCAGUCGACCAGCACUCCCUCAACUUUCGUCGGUACGCAAAACAAACCUAAACCACCCCCCGAUGACUGCGAGUGCGUAUCCUACUAUCUGUGCCGGAACGGGACGGUAGUGGAGGAUGGAUUCGGGCUGAUCGAUAUCAGGUCCGAUUUCGAUGUAAACUCUGAGCAGAUUGCUUCCGGAUCUUGCGACGACCACCUGGAGGUCUGCUGCAAGCCUUCGGACAAGCUGAGGCUCGGUCACGAGUUCAUUCCGCCGCGCAUCGAAAGACACGGUUGCGGCCAGCGAAACCCCGAUGGCGUAGGCCUCAGGAUCACCGGUGGCAAGGACAACGAGUCCAAGUUCGGCGAAUUUCCAUGGAUGGUGGCUAUCAUGCUGGACACGGACAUCGACAAGCCGUUCAAGCAGAGCUCGAGCAACAUGCGGUGCGGCGGAUCUCUGAUCCACAGGCUGGCUGUUUUAACGGCUGCUCAGUGCGUCCGCGGGAAAAACGCAUCCUCUCUGAUCAUCCGUGCGGGCGAAUGGGACAGGCGGGCGAGGAACGAGACCAUCGGGCACCAGGAUCGCAAAGUGCAGAAGGUGAUUUUGCACGACAAGUUCUAUGAUUUCGCGAUCUUGAUCCUGGCCGAGCCGGUCGAUCUAGCGGAGAACGUCGACGUGGUGUGCCUUCCAGAGCCGAAUACCGUUUUCGACGCAUCUCGUUGCUUUGUCAGCGGUUGGGGCAGGGAUACAUUAGAUUACCCGAUUCACUUCCCGGCAAUCCUGAAGAAAGUAGAAUUGCCGGUGGUGCCACGAAGUACGUGCGAGGAGAGUAUUCGGAAUACAUUAGGAAGACACUUCAACCUCCACGAGUCCUUUAUUUGCGCUGGUGGCGAGCCUGGCCGGGAUGCUUGCACGGGUGACAGCGGCAGUCCUCUCGUGUGUCCGAGUAAGAAAGAUCCUACCAUAUACCAGCAGGCUGGCAUCGUCGCAUGGGGGAUCGGCUGCGGCGAGCGUGGUAUACCCGGAAUCUAUGCUAAUGUUGCUUACGCGCGCACCUGGAUCGACGACCAGAUGGCUCGUCACAACCUGGACAAUAAUCUUUACAAUAUCUAACAUGAAAAUAGACUGACUCGUUUUAUAAGUCCGUUACACGAAUAUAUACCGUUGUACUCGAUCAAAUAGAGAACUUUGCCUUCGAUA